CAAUAGGCUGCUGGCUCCAGUGGCUGUCCCAAGUAGAUCGCUGCAGGGCCCUCGACAGGCCAAUUGAUUGGACCCCACCAGGGAUCCCACUCACCACGGCCGACCACUUGCUUGGCAUAUAUCCGCCCGUCACUUCCCCUCUGUUCUGGCCGGCACACCCAGGCACACCCAGGCACACCCACGUCGUCUUGGUCGUCCAAGAUUUCAACCACGCUUUCUUCAUUUCACUUCAACCCAGCAGUCCGCGACUCUUGAGUCUGUUCCUCUUGGCUCACUCCAUUCCCUCCCAUCUUCUCUUUCUUUCAGUCCUUGAUAACUCGAUCCAUUCCUGCAACCGGGCAAUCGGGCACAAGCACUCCUUUUCACACCCUUCAAUUCGUUACCAGGGCUCCUUUUUCUCAUCAGCCCCCUUUUCCCCCACCGCAGCAAUAUCAGCAUCAGCAUUGCUCGCCACCGUCGCCUCGACGCACCUCACCACAACAAUCUAACGGUCAAAGCAACUGGAUUUGUGAUUCAGGCCAAAGUUACAGGACGAGUUUCCUCUCUUUGGCUUUUUUCUUCUCACCCGCCAGGCCUUUGUUGACUUGGGGGUAUCGCUGUGUUGGACUUGGUUGAGAGACAAGGGGAACAAGGCACACUCGAGCACAGGAACAAUCCCUUCCCACAUUUAACAACCCGAAGCGAACAAGUACGCUCUCCACAACAUUCACUUUGAUCAUACGGGACCCAUAUACGAGGCCUCGCCAAACUGAGACCCGCCAGGACCCGCACCCCGGAGCUCAAACUCACCUCAAGUGCUACCUUCACAUUCCAGUCCUGAUUUCUAGCUGGUCUUGAAUUCAGAUAUCCGCCCUUUCGGACUUGUCAGCCACACUCUUUCUGGCCCUUGAGGCCCAAAAGGCAUAUCAUCGACGAAAGAAAACCAUCCUUCACCUAGGGACCAGGCCGUCACCCAGGAAAGGCACCUCCCCCCCCCGUACCCACGCGGUACUCCGAACUCAACCCACCCACUCACAUCUCAAGCUAUUCAUCAUGGCCGGAGGAGGCGAUGACGGGGAGACGGCUCAGGCCAUCAACCCCUACCUGGAGAACCAGCUUCUCGCCAACUACCUCUACUACAUCCUCGCCAUCAUGGCAGCCUGUGUCAUCACUCACAAGAUAUACAUCUCUCUGGUGAGAUAUGUCCGGACAGUGUCGUCCUUGAACAACAACACCCAGGCCUACUUCGCCCACGAGUCAUGGGGGCAUGCCUUCUUCAAGAGGAGCCUGCAGUACGCACCAGUCUUCCGCAAGCGACACAACCGCGAGUUCCAGGUCAGCUCCGCCAUCAACAUGGGCACGCUUCCCACCAGGCUCCAGCUCAUCGGCCUGAUCGGCUACUUCGCCACCAACGUUGCAUUCUGCUGCAUUGAUAUCCAGUUCCAGGGCAACUUCAAGAGCUGGACCAAGAUGUUCCUCUACCGAACCGGUGUCUUGGCCGUCGUCAACAUGAUCCCCCUCUGGUUGAUGGCUGCUCGCAACAACCCGCUGCUCACAUGGCUGGGCAUGUCCUUCGAUACCUUCAACUUGCUUCACCGAUGGUUGGGCCGGAUCGUCGUCCUCGAGGCCCUCGCCCACACCAUCUGCUGGAUGGUCUCCAAGGGGCUGCCGUUCGCCACUGUCAUGGGCAUCGCAACCAAGAGUCCCUUCCUGAUGUUCGGCCUCAUCGGUACAAUCGCGUUCGUGUUCAUCUUCAUCCAGGCUUGCAGUGUCUCGAGGCACGCCUUCUACGAGACUUUCAAGAUCCUGCACAUCAUCGCUGCCGCUGCGGCCAUCGUUGGUGUGUGGUACCACCUCAAGCUCAAGGAUCUGCCCCAGCUCAAGUACCUGUACGCCGUUGUUGCUCUGUGGUCCUUCGACCGCGCUGCUCGUCUGAUCCGCCUUGCCUACGCCAACGUUGGUUCCGGUGGCACCAAGACUCUCGUUGAGGCUCUACCUGGCAAUGCCGUUCGUGUCACUGUCAACAUGGCCCGCCCUUGGGCAUUCGCUCCGGGACAGCACGCGUACUUGUAUUUCCCUAGCAUCAGCCUGUUGCAGUCUCACCCUUUCUCCGUCGCUUGGAGCGAGGAGACCGACUCGUACGACGGCGAGAAGCUGCCCAUGGACCGCAAUGAGAUCCUGUCCAUGAAGAAGACCAGCAUGUCAUUCGUCAUCAGGGCCCGGACGGGUGCCACCGGAUCGCUCUACAAGAAGGCAGCAGCAUGCCCCGAUGGCAGACUGGUCACCUCGUGCUUUGUUGAGGGUCCCUACGGCGGCGACCACAAGCUGCAAUCGUACGGCACAGCCAUGCUCUUCGCAGGUGGUGUCGGCAUCACCCAGGCCGUUCCUCACGUGCGCGACCUUGUCGCCGGAUACAACAACGGCACGGUCGCGGCCCGGAAGAUUGUGCUUGUCUGGAUCAUCCAGAGCCCCGAGCACCUGGAGUGGAUCCGCCCUUGGAUGACUGAGAUCCUGGCCAUGGAGCGCCGCCGCGAGUGCCUGCGCAUCAUGCUCUUCGUCUCCCGACCCCGCUCCACCAAGGAGAUCCACUCCCCCAGCGCGACUGUCCAGAUGUUCCCCGGCCGGCCCAACAUCGAGCACCUCAUCGGCGCUGAGAUGGAGAACCAGGUCGGCGCCAUCGGCGUCACCGUCUGCGGCCCCGGCGCGCUGAGCGACGAGGUGCGAUUAGCCGUGCGAAACCGCCAGUACAGCGGCACCAUCGACUUCUGCGAAGAGGCCUUCAGUUGGUAAAUACCUCUGACUGAUGGCCGUCAUCGGUCCCUACCACCACGAUUCGAAUAGCUCCGUACGCGUCUGAGUGUCGCCAGGACCGCAACAAAUCACCUCGCGUAUACCCAACGCAUUCUUUCUGGGUGUGUGUACAUAUUUAUUAUUCAUGGAAACUUUUCUUUAUUUUUAAAGUCUACUUAACCCCCCGCCCGGCUUGCUUGGUCUCGCGGGGAAGGCGAUGAGCGACAUAAGACGGGGUGCGUUCCUUACAUGCUGGUGAGGAUGGCUGGCUGCAGUGCUCAAUAUGGCACAGAUAUGAGCGAGAUAUUUCUGCAUUUGUAGCCGCUAUACUUUGGAACGAAUGGAAUGAUAUCAGACCGCCUAAAAA